AUGAUUUGGACCGCUGUUAGAAGGAACAGACUCCUUGUGUUUGUGAUCAUCGUUUUGUGUCCGCUGAUGUAUCAUUUUCUUUUGGAGAGAGAACGUAAGUUAUUAACGUUUAUCCGUCUAUGCAUUUCUGUCACUAACGUGCACUUUUAAGAUAGUUUUUCGACGUGUCCUCGGCCUAUGCAAAUAGGCCCAAGUUGGUGAUACGAUCUGAGUUGAUUGCGCUAGAUAAUUUGCAGAAUUUCAGGAUCAAAUUUAGAUUGAAAACAAUGGAAGUGCUAAUGCAUACCCGCUCGCCAGAACUCGCAUAGGGUAAGUCUCUCCAAAAUGAUCUACUAUGCUGGAUUGAGUGCUCUAAACGGUUAUUCUCAAUGUUGUUGUUAAUUGGAGAGUUCUCCCUCACCAAACAUUUGUCCCUGUCGUUUUGUUAGAGUAGUAUUCAAGUUAGGUACGACUGCUUCAUAAAUGAUUGCGGAACUCGUUACGCCGGUAAUCGUUUUCCACGAUCUCUUAGAGGAAGGCCGAUUAUUGUUCGAUUCGAUUUUUUCUGUCACAGAACGGUUUAGUUGUUCGAAAAACUGGGAGAGCAUCUGGAGUUUCGCCCCACCGCAUUAAUAUUUCAAACCAUACAUCAAACUCUAAAUUGUGUAGUUUAAAACAGCGCUCAGUUAACCAAAAUUUUCACCCACAGUCCUUGGCUUUUUUAACAAUCACCUAACUUAAGGGUCAAAGAUUCCUUUCGGGAACAGAGAUAUUGAAUUUGAGCCUAAACGAGAAAUUCAUUUUUGUUUAUCGUGAUAUUCAUACAUGUUUGUUUGAAAAUAAAGCUUUGAAAUAACAGCGUGUACUUAGAUUCUCGAGACAAAAGUUUCAUCAUUAUUUUUACCAUUGUCAACUAUCCACUACGUGGUUUUUAAAAAGGAAGAUAUCGUCAAAAUUUUUGUCCUUGGGGAAACCACUAAUUGGCUCACCUUCGAUAUGAUUUGGUGCUGUUUUAUUUAUGCAGUUAAUCAAGGAAGCUCGGUUGUCAAGGCUGGAUAUUUUCAUAAACAUAAUGUACCUGUUUUAAAAUUUACUGAAACACUCAAAAAUGAUAAAAAUUAUGUAUGGCAAAUUGUGACGACUUCCACUACAUUGUUAGCUCUUGACUCAUGAAACAUAUUUUAAACAUGCUUCUUACAAUAAGAAAUGAUUGUUUUUGAAUUUAUAAAAGCUGUGUAAAUUUAAGUGAAUACAAAUUUCUUUAUAGCAUUUACUGAUAAAAAUAAUAGGAAAUCUUGAUAUAAAGGGUGUCUCAGACUUCCCACGCUAUGUCCAGUUAGUGAAUUACUUUAAUCAGGAAAUAGAUUUAUUAUCUCAGGAAUUGAAAGCACUUUACUUUGCUAGGUCCUUCUUAGAUACAUGUAGUGAAUUACUUAAUUUUUUUACGGUAAUUAUAUUGUUAAAAAUGUACAUGAAGAAGAAUGGUUUAUUCACCUGUCCUCACAGGUAUGUGGUGAACUGAUAAAGCAUUUUUGUAGUUGAUACAGCCUUAGUAAUAGAUAAUGCUUUCUAGGAAUGUUUUCACUAAUUAUCAUUUUGAACAAAUGUUCAGGGAAAAUGCAAUUCUAAAGAAAUAUUUUUCCCCUAAGGGAAGACAGGUGGUAUGAAAAUUUGAAGAUAUACAAUACAAUUUAUUUAUGCCGCAGAAAGUACUUGUAAAACUUGCGGUAUUUGAGAUAAGAAUGAUCCCAGCAAAGCGUCCACAACACCAUAAUUACAGUUUCAAGAAUAUUUGCCUUUUUGUCAAAAAUUGUUCUUUAUGAAACAUUCCUGUUAGACAGAUAGAUAGUGUAUUAAAAAUUACAUUGCAGCCUGUCUGCUGAAUUACUUAGUCAUUUCCAAUUCUACGAUAUAAAGUAAUUGUAUAAUAGUAUAAAUUGUAUCAAUCCUAUAAUGAUUUUAAAAAGAUAUUUCUUUUCACAGUUUUGGCUUAAAAUUUAAGAUUAUGAAUAGAUAAAAAAAACAGUCUACAUUCUUCUGGAAUGUAUUAAGCAUCACUUGCUGGACAUGCCAGUGAAAUAAUAAAAGAGUUUUAUGUCCUGUUUGUAUGGACAUGUGGCUUUCUUUAGGAGUGACUAUUUUUCAUGCAGUUAAAUGCAGUUUAACAGAGUUAACAACAAAGAGCAUAAGUGUUCUCUAGUAGUCAGUGGUUUUUGCAUAUGUGCAUGUGUCCGAAUUAUAUGAGUACUUCAUUUAAGGCCUUCUUGUAUGUGCUUUGAGUGUGAACUUUCAGCGUUGUUUGGAGUGGCAGCUUAUUAUCCUCUUUCCACUGUUUGUUCAGUGUGACAUGUGUCUAUUUCCCUUUCUUGUUUGGGAGCUCAAGGCUGGGUGGCUAGGAUUUACCAGCCAUGGGAGCAGUCUCCAUCUAGGAGCUAGCUGCCAAUAGUGGAAGCUCCUGGAUGUUUCAGGCACCCAUUCUCUACCUAGCAAUGCAGUUUUAAACAAUUGUAAACGGAAUGGUUGCAAAUUGUAGAGCUUAGGAUGAUGCAAUGAUAAAAAUUUGGUACAGAAUAGACUCUGGUGCUCUCACAUAGUUAUUGAUAAUUUGUCUCUGAAAUUAAUGAUAAAAUUAAAUUUAUUGUGUCAUACUAAAAUGCAUCCUGUAUACUUGUCUACUUUUAUAGCGUUUGAUUCUGUUCUUAUUUAAGAAUUAGGCCAGUUACUUCGGCCAUUUUUUAGACAUAAAUGAAUUAAGUUCAAUCAAAAAUUGGAUCAAUAUCAGUAUCUUGGCAACUGCCCACCUACCCCUCCCCUAACCCAACAUCAACAUUAACUUGUUUUCAAUUGACUGUUGUUGAGUUAGGGGAGGGGAGGGGUAGGUGGGCAGUUACCCAGAUAUCAAUAUUGAUCCCAAAAAUCACACCGAACAUGAUUAAUAACCAAGCUGGCAGGAGGCAAGCUUAUUAACUUUUUUUUAAGGGUGGCUGAGAAGUUUACAUUUGGUUCUCUUGGAAAUAAAUCUUGCAAAUCAAACCUAACAUGAUUAAAAAUCCCAGCUGAUAUAUAACGAGCUUAGUACAAAUUUUAUGGAAUCAGAUGUAAUUUGAUUUUAUCAGUUGGGUUGAUUAUGUAAACUGGAUGCCAAAUAAAGUUUCUUAAGGUGACAUUUCUAGCAUAAGCCCUUCAUCAGAAAGAUUCAAUCUAACAGAUGAAAUUAACAAGGGGAAUGUCAGCUUUCGAAACCUCUUAUGUGGCCAGUUUUCAUUAUCACCUCAUUUGAUAUACCAAAUUGUAGCACCACUGUUUCUUUAGAAACUUACCUCCUCUAUAAGAAAUGUAACUGUUUCAAGCAUAGCUGACAUGUUGAUUUUCGGUUAACUUCAAAACAGAAAAAAAAAACUUAUUUUUAGGAUGGAAUUCGUACCUGAUACCUUGGAAGGGCCAGUCUGAUAGGCCUUAACCCUUUAAUCCCUAAGAAUGACAAGCAUCUAAUUUCCCCUUGUAAUAUCACCCCUGAAUCACAUAUUAAUGUCUUAAGAGUAAAGGAAUAGAUUGCCAACUGAAAACACUCUUGGGGAUGGGGCCCUAACAGUCUCCCAAGAAAAUCAGAGACAAAUCAUGAUCAGGGUUGUUUUCUCGAUUUUUCUGUCACAGAGGUUUUCAAAAAUUUUGACACCAGUUAUUUAUGAUAGGUUGUAAAGUUUCUUCAGAGUCCCACCCCUUCUGUUAGAAAUGUAACUGUUUCAAGCAUGGCUGACAAGUUGACUUUUGAUUCACUUCAAAAUGAAAAUAGCUUGGAAGGGCCAGUCUGAUAGGCCUUAACCCUUUGACCCCUAAGAGUGACCAGCAUCUAAUUUCUCCUUACAAUAUCACCCCUGAAUCACACAUGAAGGUCAUGAGAAUAAAGGAAAUGAUCACAAACUGAAGAAGCUCUUGAUUGUUAAACAACUUCUCCUUGUCAUCACUUUGGAAAUGUAUAGAGAACAGUAUGAGGAAUAUGAUUACUGAUAUUAGGAUGGAAAGGGUUACUACCCAACCGUACUGCCUGGUGUUUCUUGGUAAAUAGCUUUGUAGAAUGAUUUAAAGGUAACAUUUUUUAAUUCAAAAGGAACAUCAAUAAAAGGUAUACCUGGAAUUUGGAACAGUUAAUACAUUCAAUGAUAUUGGACACAGCACUUUGCAACAUGUCUUUAUUUUGAAAGUAAUCAGGAAAUAUGUUAAAAUGAAAGCAAUAUUUAAGAGCUUUUAACAAGUACAUAUGUUACAGAAUGGCAAUUAAACUCUAAAUUAAAGCCAAAAAACCCUUGUCUUAUUAUAAAUUGAUUUAGUUGGUUUAUUGCCUUAGAAUAACUACAUGUAACAUCCUACAGUAUAUCUUUAGCACUCCUUCUUCAAGACAGAUCUCAUGAUGCAACCCACCUGAAAAACAAUCAGAUAAUUGCAAGCAGUUUAAAUGAGAAAUUUUCACUAGAAAAAAUUGCUCAUAAAGGUAAAAAUGGGAAAAUGGAAAAACAUUUUUUUGUACCUCAAACACAUUUAAAAAUACUAUGCUGGUAUGUGGUCUCACUUGCUUGACUUUCUCUGUAAUUUAAGUAUGUCUAAACUUUUUCAUAGGACAUGGUGCAUGUAUGUAUUAAUUUUAUAAUUUUCCUAACCUGUUUUAACAUUUUUUAUUUUUCUAGGCUUACCUCAAAGAAUAGAAAGUAACCAAAUAGAUGAAGAACUAAUCAAGAAAAUACACACUCUGAGAGAAAGAUUACGUGAUGCAGAAUUUCAGAAUUCAGCCAGAUCUCAUGAACUUAUUUCACUUAAGGAACAGUUGACUAAAUUGGAAGCUGCAAGAAAUAGAAGAACUAACAACUCUAUUACUCAUACUGACUUUAAGAAUUCAUCCAGGCUAUUUUUUGACAAUCAAAAUGUGCUCCAGUUACCAAGUAUUUAUAAUUUUAUGCCUCAUCUAAUGGAUUCUCCUGGCAGCCUAAAGCCCGCUUUGCAUGUAUCUAAGGACCGCCAAGGAGGUAUGUAUGUUUUCAAGUGCAUCAUGUAGUGGAGAUAUAGAGGAUAAUACUUGGGUGUGUGGAGUUAUGAAACUCCUCUUGGAGUGUUCAACUCGAUAUAAAUAGCUCACAAGUGAGCACAGCGAACAAGGGAGAUACAGAUUUGAACAUAAGAAGAAAAAAUUCCAUGAUAUCUACCAGCAACCAUGUAUUAUUUUGUUUAUCAUAUAAACACAAUAGCCUUUUACUGACAAGAAAUUAAGUUUACUUUUAUUGUUAAUGAAUGAAAAUAAAAGGAGUGACAAUCCCUGGAUAAAAAUCCAGGCUCACAAUGAAACAAUGCCUUGAAUCAUUGCAAAUACAAAAAUGGGCGUAAUUUUCAAUAUACAAAAUAAAGAAGGCUUGAGCAUCACAAAAGUAUUUAAGUUGUCUAUUUUUUUACUUGAUUGAUCUAUUGAAUACUUUGUUUUUUUCAGUGUCUCUAAUUUUUGGAAUUCCCACAAUAAAGCGAGAGAGGACAUCCUACCUAUUGGAUACACUUGCUUCAUUACUAGAUGCAAUGUCUCAGGAAGAUAAAGAUGACUGUGUUAUAGUCAUUUUUGUUGGUGAGGUAAAUGAGUAAAAAAUGUUGUGCUUAACCCUUUAACUCCCAAGAUCUUAUUAGUAAAUUCUCCUUGUUAGUUUGGAGAAUUUGGAAUUGGAUCAACAAAUAAUCCCCCAAUUGAUAUUUUUCUUUAUUCUCAUUACUUGUCUGCUUGAUAUUGUGUAGAUAGUGUAAGGAGAAAUUCUAUCUUGGUCACUAGUGGGACUUAAAGGGUUAAGGAAGGGAAGUAUAUUUACUCAUUAGAAAAAAAGUUAUUUAUAACAAGAUAGAAUUAUUAAUAGUAAUUUUCCAGCUUUCACAGUGCAACCUUUACUUGCCACUGGAAAUUUUUGUCCAUAUGUGUCUGUAUGAUCCAAACUUCAUCAGCUAAAUGUUUCUAAAGCUCUGAAGACCAGAAGGAUUUUAAUUCUUUACAAGGGAACAUUGCUAUUGAUUGUAUCAUUUUGCUGGAUGCAAACUAUGCAGAUCCAGCAAAAGUGCAAUUAUAAAGUGCAUGUAUCAAAUGCUAAACAUUUUUCCAAAUUUUUUUUUUUUUUUUUUUUUUUUUUUGCAGACUGAUAUAGAAUUUAGUAAAGACGUAGCUAAUGGCGUCCAGCAAAGGUAAUAAAAUUAUUUGGUUUUUGGCUGUCUGUUUUAAUCACUGUGUUGGGUAAUGUUGAAACUGAUAUGUGCCCAUCUCUUGUUCUGCAGAUUUCCUAUAGAUGUUGGUUCAGGAUUGAUAGAAGUUGUCUCACCUUCAGCAAGUUUUUACCCAGAUCUGGAUACUGUUCCACUAACAUUUGGAGAUUCAAGAGAAAGAGUCAAGUAAGUGAACAUGUCUUGAAAUCACCUAGUGAUGCAACUUUUGUGGAAUACAUAAGGAAGAUGGGUAGAAGAUGAAGAUCUUACCUGCAUGAGUGAGAAGGAAAAAUGUCCCAAAUGGCUUGGCUUGCAAGCUGUAUGUUUAGCAGUACUGUCUGAGCUCAAUAUAUUUUCUUUAAAAUCAAGCGAUUGGCAGAAUAUUUCUGUAUGUCUCCCUCACAUUUCCAGAAUCUUGUUCGAUUUCCUCAAAACUUUUUCUAAAAGAGUGGGGUGAAAUUACAGGAGCACUGUAAGAGGAAAGUGUUAAGCCCAAGAACUCAAAACAACAACCUGGGCCAGGCUCAAAAGCAGACGCUAUGAUCUUAAAUUCAGCGCAUUACCGGUAGUUGUUAUUUCCCUGCAUCUCCUGCAGCUGACUGCCUUACCUGGUGUGGAAUCCUCUUUUCUUAGCCAUCUUUUAUUACAUUUUUUCACUGUUUGUUCCUUGUGAUUUUGGAUACUAUUUUGAUUUAGGUGGAGAACAAAACAGAAUCUUGAUUUUUGUUACUUGAUGAUGUACUGCCAGAAAAAAGCAAGAUUUUAUGUUCAGGUGCAGUAAUUUCUACAUUAUACAUAUUUUAUUUAUCAAAUGAUUAUCACCUCAAUGUUAAAAAGUUUAAUUGCCUCUUUCUAUUUAGCUGGAAGAUGACAUUGUGGCCACACCAUCUUUUGCUUCAACAAUCAAAACAUUUGCACUUCAACAAGAAACAAAUCAGUGGCUUAUUUUGGAGUUCUCAGCUCUUGGAUUUAUUGGUAAAGGUGUUUUGUAUGUUUUGUCUUGGGCAAGACUCCAGUCUGACUCACAAAUCCCCUUUCAAUUUUUUUUUUGACACGAAUAACAGGAAAGCUUUUCCGUUCAAGUGACUUGAGUAUGGUUGUGGAGUUCUUUCUAAUGUUUCAUAAAGACAAACCAGUUGACUGGCUGAUGGAUCACAUUUUGUGGGUCAAAGUCUGUAACCCUGAAAAAGAUCAAGUAAGUAGUUAUCUUUUGUUUUACUAUUAAGCCUUUACAUGCUAACAUCAGUAUACAUUUUCUUCAUACUGUUCUCUUUACAUUUCCUACGGUACUGACAAAGAGAAUUUCUUUAACAAUCAAGAGCAUCUUUUAGUUAAUGAUCAUUUCCUUUAUUCUCAUGACUUAAACAUUUGAUCCAGGAGUGAUAUUGUAAGGAGAAAUUAGAACCUUGUCACUCUUAGGGAUUAAAGGAUUAAGUAUUAAUCUUAUCACUCCCAAGAUUGUAUGAGAGGCUUUUUAUGACAUGACUUUUUUUAACCCUUUCACUCCCAAAAUCUCAAAUAGUAACUUUCUGCACUGUCUACCAUUCUUUUUUUAGAGUUUUAAUUCUGUGAAUUUGAUGUGGGCCAUUGGUUUUUGUUCUCAGGAAGCUUGCAAAGCUUCUCUUUCAUGGAAGCUUUUAGGAGCUGUGCACCCUAGAUUUCUGAGACAAGUGUCAUCAGACACCAAGUGAUACUUUUAAGAGUGCAGCUUAGAAGCUUCUCCCUGAUACAGAGCACAUUUCAGCUGAGUGUCAGUGAGAGUAAAUUACUCAACAGGAAAUCAGAAUAUUUUGAACAAAAACUUUUCAACCAUCCAGUCUUUUUUUCAUUUUGUAAGUGAAUUGAUUGAAUAACAAUGUUGACCAGAGAAAUUUAAAUUUUCUCUUUUUGCAGCAACACUGUGCAAGAGAGAAGUCGCACUUACGAAUAAGGUUCAAACCUUCUCUCUUUCAACAUGUUGGCAAAGAAUCAUCACUGAAAGGAAAGAAACAAAACUUAAUUGUAAGUCUGGUGUAUUUAACCCUUUAACUCUCAAGAUCUGAUUGUUAAUUCUCCCCUCUAGCUGCUAAACAUUUCCUUAAAAAUUAGUUACGAGAAUUUGGUUACAGAUCAAGAUAACAACUUCUACCCGAUAGGUUCAAGUAUUCUCAUCACCUGUUUGCUGGAUGAUGUAUGAAUAGAAUUAGGAGAAGUUACAUGUUAAUCACUUCUGACAAUUCCAAUUAUGUUUUAGGUAUCUCUCACAAACUAUUGGUUUUGAUUUCAAUUUAUGGAAAAACUUGUUGAGAAAAACUUGCUGUGAGGAAUGUUGCUUUAAAGGAAGACUUUUUUAGGAACAAAAUGACUUGUAUCUAUUGUUGCGUGAUCUCUAGGAUAAAGACUUCAAGAAAGCACCAUUGUUCCAAGCUCACUUAAACCCCAAGGCUGUGUCAAUUUCAUCACUGGAACCAUAUCAAGGCUACACCAUAGACCGUGCAUACAAAGGGCAGACAUUUUUCUGGGCUUAUCCUCCCCAUACUGAUGAUGUCAUGAGAUUCAAAUUUGAUCAAGAAAUCACAAUAGAAAAGUACUGUAACAUUUUUAAUUUUGAAAAAUAUACUUUUCAUGUUCAAAAGCAGCCUUUUUCUUUGGUUUCCCAACAUUUUAUAGUUCUGCCUUUACUUUAACGGAGUGAUCUUGUCAUGGAAUGUUUUUGAUUUAACGAGAGCUUGAAUCCACCUGCUAAUGGCACUGAUGAAAUUGAAUUUCUUAUGGAAUCACAGGUUUCGUUUCAAGUCUGGAAAUCUUGAGCAUCCUGGUGAUAUCAUAAGGAAUGCUUCAGUGGAAGUUCUUCCAGUUACAGCCCUGGCUCAGGCAAAGAAGAUGCCAGGUGUGUCAUUUGCUCUUUGUUCACUUUUUCUGGUAGAAUUUGAAAUUAAACUUUCCUUUUUCUUGUUCCUCUUCUUCUUUCCCAAAGGGAGGUCAACCGGAAUUGAUAAAGUUGAUAAUUAUUUGUUAGGGAAAUGCGGCGGCCUUGUAAUUAGUGCGCUGGACUCCUUGGCGAGAUGUCUGGGUUUUAUAUCUGGCUCGGUCAUUGUGAUGUGUUCUUGGGCUAAAGAACACAUUGUGAUGUGUUCUUGGGCAAAAGAAAUAUCACAGUGCCUCUUGUCACCUAAGAUUGAAAUGGGUGCUUGUUGUGUUUAAGCAAAGACCAAUGUUUUUAAAAUAACAUGAAAAACUUUAAUUGCUAGAUAUGCAACUACUAACUUACUUAACUUAAUGUAACCUAAACAACACGGACAACUGAAUAUAUUGAUACUGCUACUCAAAUAACAAUACAUAAUCAACACUAAGUUUGGGGUCUAUUCGCAAUCAACUCCUCAGUACUGACGUGAAAGCAUGAAUUUGUCCUUAGAGCCUGGCAGGGAAGGAUCACCAGAAGCAAAGAAAAAUUUCAUGAAGUAUGAGUUUCCUUUGACCAGUUACAAAAGUGUUGGCAUGUUCACACCUGCUGGUCUUGCCGAUGGCACAGUACCCGAAGAGAUUGGAAAAGUUGUGGAAAUGAGAGUACGUGUACUGGGUCAUAACAGUUUGAACUGGAUAAUGCUAAGUGAGGUAAGGAUGAGUGUUUAG